UGACAUACAUUGCGAGAGUUCAGCUAUCUUCACAUUUAAAGCGGCUAAGAGUCAAUAAUUGUGAAAAUUUAUGGACUUUGGUUGACGAGGAGGGAGUUUCAAUAAUGCACAAGGAAAUAAGCUACUGUGUGAACAAAAGAAAUCCCUCUCUUCUUGAGUACUUGUAUAUUGAGAGUUGUGAUUCUCUCACAUCGUUGUGGUCAAAAAGUGAGUUACCAGCCGCACUUGAAUACAUUGAGCUUUGGAAUUGUGAAAAACUUGUUUCCUUAUCAUCAAGUGAGAAUCUACCUGAGGCUCUUAAAUGUCUCAAUAUCUAUUGCUGCUCAAGGCUUGAAUCGAUAGCAGAACGAUUGCAAAAUCACACAUCUCUUGAAAGAAUUAUGAUUUCUUGGUGUAAUAAUAUUAAAGUGCUACCUUAUAAUCUUCACAAGGUCUGUCAUCUUCAAGAGAUCACUAUACAAGGCUGUCCAAGUUUUGUUUCCUUUCCAGAAGAAGGUUUGCCGUCAAUGAACCUGAGAAAGCUCGAAAUAUCCAACUGUGAGGAACUAGGGGCCCUCCCGAAUCGUAUCCACAAUCUUACUUCUCUUAAAGAUAUAUCCAUAGGAUGGUGUCCAAGUAUGAUCUCUUUCCCUGUAAAUGGCUUUCCCACCAGCCUCGCUUCACUUUGCAUUGAAGAUGCAAAAUUCUGUAAGCCAUUAUUUGAUUGGGGGUUGCAUAGACUCUCUUCUCUUACAGAUCUCACGAUUGAUGGAGGAUGUCCAGAUGUGGUGUCAUUUCCACUGGAAGAGAUAGGAAUGAUGCUUCCUACCUCUCUAACUUGUUUGAGAAUAUCCAAUUUUCCAAAUCUGGAAUGCAUAUCCUAUGAUAUUCGAAACUUAACUUCUUUGGAGAAACUCUCUCUGUAUAAUUGUUAUAAGCUCAAAUCCUUUCCAGAGGAAGGCCUACCUUCUUCACUUUUGCAACUAAAGAUUACCAGAUGUCCGAUACUAAAACAAAGGUGCAAAAAGUAUGAAGGACGCUAUUGGCCCAUAAUAUCACACAUACCUUACAUCCAAAUAGAUAUUCAUAUUCAUGGAGAUGUCUACAAUUACAAUGGGCCGAAAAGACAACAAGAAGGAAGAAGGUCCCUUUCAAAUUUCUCUAUAAGAAGCUGUUGAUGAGUGCUUCUCAGCAAGCUUGUGCUGCUCUGCCUGUCUUGUAGCUUUGCAUUGUAUUGCCAAGUUUCUUCUCGGCUAAUAUACUAUAAACAGGUUCCUCUUUCUUCCCUGCUGCUGAUCCUAUAUCAGCACAAGUUAAUCCUGGUUGUUACUCAUUUUUGUAAUGCAUGAGAUUUAUGUUUGUAGUUUGAGUUUAUGGGUACUGAAGGCAUUUUUCCCAAUACUUGUCUGCAUUGGCAUGCGAUUGCAAUGCUGCUAUUUACUAAAUGGAGGCUGUUCCAGGUGGUUCAAGUAAUGACUUGGAUUGUUCUUUAUAUCCUACGGUUUCCUCGAUUGCAGCUGCCACAUUAUGCUGACAUUCUGUUUGCAUAUUUGAUUUGUGUAGGAGUUGCAGUCCUGCCAGAAAUUUUUGGCUUAAAUGUUCAUCUCAGAGUGGUGUGUUGCAAGGUUUUAUUUAUUUUCUCCAUAUGCAUUUUUAUGCUGCUGCAUUGAGGCUUUGCUCUGGCUCAAACGUGGGUUCUGUACAGCUGUUUAUGUUUUAUGGUUGCUGAAACCGUGGCUUGGGUGGGGUUGGGCUGCUGUAUUUGUAUUCAUCUUGGAAAUA